AUGCAAUGCAAGACGUUGAGAGUUUGGGUGUAUGUAGGAGGAUGUGCGAGUUUGCAUGAGAUUGUUCAGCAAAUUGAAGCAGGUUUAAAUGCUACCGGCAAUGUUGAUGCACAAGGUCAAAACGCAUUAGCCUCAUCGUUAAUAUCAGCGGCAGCGAAUGGAUCCGACCAAUCCGUCUCUAGCCUUCAAAUGGGACAAGCGGAUGGAAGAGGAGAUACUUUGGUGCAGUCGAGUGGCGGAGCGGUCAUGUCGAAUUUUGGGUUCAAUAGCCCUUAUAGUAGUGACAAAUCAGUGGGAACAGCUGGAGCCACAGGCUCAAUUCAGUCAAUGGCAAGUAUUCUCACAAGACAGGAAUUGACUUGGGAGAACAUUUUGGUGCAAGUGCUAGGGUCUGCUGAAGCUUCUGGUAUAGGACAUGCACAAGCGAAUCUCGACUUAGGCGCUGGAAACGUGAAUAAUGGUAUCGAAAUCAAUGGUCUCGUGUCAGGAGUGAACGCUGGUGGUGGUAUUGUCAAUGCCGAGGUAAAAGGCAACGGACAAAUGGAUGGAACCGAACAUAACCUAAAUGCAAAUAUGCUAGGAAAUGUGAAUGGUGCAAAUGGUAAUAGCACCUUAGUUGGAGCCACAAAUAUUCAAAGCAAUACCACAAAUAGAAAUACAAGUGUAAGUUCAUUUGGCGAUUCCAAAAUCCAUACCGACGGUAGCAGUGCGAUCAACAUGAGAGCCGAAAGCAAUCUUGGUCACGAGACUGGUAACGAAGGCAAGGUAGGAACGAAUGCCACAGUUGAAGGGACCAACAAACACAUGACGGUGCAGAAUGGUCUCAACAUUCAGGACAAUCAUGGGCAAACAAUUGCGCUCGGUAACGGUUUUGUGUUUGGAAAUGGAACAGAAAACUCGAAUGCUUCUAUGAAUGUGGACACAAAAUAUGGUCCAGACGGGGUUGCACAGGUAGCCGUCGAUGGCGAAGGUCAAGCCGUAUCGACUGGUAAAAAUUCGAGUCUUACCAUCGGUGGUGAUGCUAGCAUCUCCAACGCUUACGAAGGAUUGGCAUUGUCCAGUGGAGUAGCUCAUGGAGAAAUGAAUGGCAUGAAGGGCAAUACAUCCCUGAUUGCUAACAGCGCCACGGGAUCAAACGGGACUGCCGCGAUGGAGGCUUGGGGUGGAGGCGCUGGCGAUAGCUCUGUUCAGACAAAUGUAGGCCUUAUCCAGCAGCUGUUGAACGAAUUGAGAAAUAUUACUGUAAAUGGUGGUGUAGCAGCCAGUGGUGAUCGCACUCAAGUCAGCUCCUUUUCUUUUGUCAACGACGUUAAUGGCGCCAUCGCGGGCAAUUGGUAUAAGUUUUCAACCAGCAAUAAACGCACCUCGGCAGAGCCUCAUUGGUCACGUUAUCGCCUCUGCGCAAAGCUACCGAAUAACCUGGGUAAGGUUAGCGCAGGUGAGCCUGCUGCGUAUGCCCGCCGAGUUGGCAAUCUCAUCAUAGCACAGACCGGUAACGAGGGCAAAGUAGGAACGAAUGCUACAGCUGAAGGGACCAACAAGCACAUGACGGUGCAGAAUGGUCUGAAUAUUCAAGAUAGCCAUGGACAAACAAUUGCGCUUGGUAAUGGUUUCCUUUUUGGAAAUGGAACGGAGAACUCAAACGCUUCCAUGAAUGUGGACACAAAAUAUGGUCCAGAUGGGAUUGCUCAGGUGGCCGUCGAUGGUGAGGGACAAGCAGUAUCAACUGGUAAAAACUCAAGUCUGACCAUCGUGAUGCCAGUAUCUCGAAUAAUUACGGUAAAAGGAUUAGCACUAUCCAGUGGCAUAGCCCAUGGUGAAAUGAAUGGCAUGAAGGGCAAUACAUCCCUAACUGCUAACAGCGCCACGGGAUCAAACGGAACUGCCGCGAUGGAGGCUUGGGGUGGUGGAGUCGGUGAUAGCUCUGUUCAGACAAAUGUAGGCCUUAUCCAGCAGCUGUUGAACGAAUUGAGAAAUAUUACUGUAGAUGGUGGUGUAGCAGCCAGUGGUGAUCGCACUCAAGUCAGCUCGUUUUCUUUUGUAAACGACGUUAAUGUUGCGCUUGGUAACGGUUUCGUAUUUGGAAAUGGAACAGAGAACUCAAACGCUUCCAUGAAUGUGGAUACAAAACAUAGCCCAAAUGGGAUUGCACAAGUAGCAGUCGAUGGUGAAGGAGAAGCAGUUUCAACCGAUAAAAACUCAAGUCUGACUAUCGGAGGUGAUGCUAGUAUCUCCAGCAGUUACGAAGGAUUAGCUCUGGCCAGUGGUAUAGCUCACGGUGAAAUGAAUGGCAUGAAGGGCAAUACUUCUUUGACUGCUAAUAGCGCUACUGGAUCAAACGGGAUGGAGGCCGCGAUGGAGGCAUGGGGUGGAGGCGUUGGCGAUAGCUCUGUUCGGACAAAUGUGAACCUGAUCCAGCAGCUGUUGAACGAAUUGAGAAAUAUCACUAUCAAUGGAGGUGUAGCAGCGAGUGGUGAUCGUACUCAAGUCAGCUCCUUUUCUUUUGUCAACGACAUUAAUGAAGGAUUAGCGCUAUCCAGUGGCACAGCCCAUGGAGAAAUGAACGGCAUGAAAGGCAAUACUUCUCUGGUUGCUAAUAGCGCUAUGGGAUCAAAUGGAACCGCCGCGAUGGAGGCAUGGGGUGGAGGCGUUGACGAUAGCUCUGUUCAGACAAACGUAGGCCUUAUUCAACAGCUGUUGAACGAACUGAGAAAUAUUACUGUAAAUGGAAGUGUAGCAGCCAGUGGUGAUCGCACUCUAGUCAGCUCCUUUUCUUUUGUCAACGACGUUAAUGGCGCCAUCGCGGGCAAUUGGUAUAAGUUUUCAACCAGCAAUAAACGCACCUCGGCAGAGCCUCAUUGGUCACGUUAUCGCCUCUGCGCAAAGCUACUGACUAACCUGGGUAAGGUUGACCCAGAAGGAUUAGCGCUAUCCAGUGGCACAGCCCAUGGAGAAAUGAACGGCAUGAAAGGCAAUACUUCUCUGGUUGCUAAUAGCGCUAUGGGAUCAAAUGGAACCGCCGCGAUGGAGGCAUGGGGUGGAGGCGUUGACGAUAGCUCUGUUCAGACAAACGUAGGCCUUAUUCAACAGCUGUUGAACGAACUGAGAAAUAUUACUGUAAAUGGAAGUGUAGCAGCCAGUGGUGAUCGCACUCUAGUCAGCUCCUUUUCUUUUGUCAACGACGUUAAUGGCGCCAUCGCGGGCAAUUGGUAUAAGUUUUCAACCAGCAAUAAACGCACCUCGGCAGAGCCUCAUUGGUCACGUUAUCGCCUCUGCGCAAAGCUACUGACUAACCUGGGUAAGGUUGACCCAGAAGGACUAGCACUGUCCAGUGGUGUAGCCCAUGGUGAAAUGAAUGGUUUGAAGGGUAAUACGUCCCUAAUUCCUAACAGUGCUACGGGAUCAAAUGGAACUGCCGCGAUGGAGGCAUGGGGUGGAGGCGUUGGCGAUAGCUCUGUUCAGAAAAACGUAGGCCUUAUCCAACAGCUGUUGAACGAACUGAGAAAUAUUACUGUAAAUGGUGGUGUAGCAGCCAGUGGUGAUCGCACUCAAGUCAGCUCCUUUUCUUUUGUCAACGACGUUAAUGGCGCCAUCGCGGGCAAUUGGUAUAAGUUUUCAACCAGCAAUAAACGCACCUCGGCAGAGCCUCAUUGGUCACGUUAUCGCCUCUGCGCAAAGCUACCGGCUAACCUUGGUAAGGUUGUCCCAGAAGAGCGAGUCGCCGACGCGAUCUUGCGACCACGUCACGGUCCUCAGCGCGACAAGUCGCGUUCUUCCCGCUCGCAACUCGCCCGUUUCCCGUUCAUCGCGGUGGACAGGUGUCGCUUUUUGGUUGGGAUUGCGAAAUACACACUACAGAAAUGA